UUUGCCACGAUGAGUUGGGGGGCACUUUAUGCCCAGCUGGGGGGGGUCAACAAGCACUCCACCAGCCUUGGGAAGAUCUGGCUGUCCGUGCUCUUCAUCUUCCGCAUCACUAUACUGGUUCUGGCUGCUGAGAGCGUGUGGGGAGACGAGCAGUCGGACUUCACGUGCAACACGCAGCAGCCUGGAUGCAAAAACGUCUGCUACGACCACUUCUUCCCCGUGUCACACAUCCGCCUGUGGUGCCUACAGCUCAUCUUUGUUUCCACCCCAGCUCUGCUUGUAGCCAUGCACGUCGCCUACAGAAAACGUGGGGAUAAGAGGACCAUGCUGUCCUCCAAUGGUACUGAAAACACAGACCUGGAGACGCUGAAGAAGAGACGGCUACCCAUCACUGGCCCACUGUGGUGGACUUACACAUGUAGCCUGUUUUUCCGGCUCAUCUUUGAGGGUGGGUUCAUGUACGCCUUGUACUUUGUCUACGAUGGUUUUCAGAUGCCCAGACUUGUGAAGUGUGAGCAGUGGCCUUGCCCAAACAAGGUGGACUGUUUCAUCUCUCGGCCAACAGAGAAGACCAUCUUCACCAUCUUCAUGGUGGCUUCGUCGGCCAUCUGCAUGGUCCUGAACGUAGCCGAGCUGUGCUACCUCAUCGUCAAGGCCCUCAUACGGUGCUUGAACAGGUCAAAGAGGAGGAAGCACGCCUACUCAGAAAAUGUGACCCAGGAUAACAAGAAGAACGAGAUGCUGCUGUCGCCCUCCACAGAUUCAUCCAGCAACAAGACGAUGUGCUGAAGAGCUGACAGACAAAUGAACUGUAACAUUUUCAGCUGAAAGGCUCUCGCAGCGUGAACUAUUAGUGCAGAACAUGCAA